UCAUCAUCGCUACACAGGAAGUGUGAGCCGUCGUGCCGCGCGGAGCCGCUCAGUGUUUCUGUUCGAUCUGAUUGUUUAGAAGUGAGAACAGCGCUGAUCGGCGAUCGGUUAUCUGUGUGUUUGAGUCAUGGUCGGGGUGAAGGUGAUCGGGACGGACCCAGAGUUCACGGCGGAGCUGAGCGGCGCGGGAUCCAGGCUGGCCGUGGUGAAGUUCACCAUGAGCGGGUGUCGUCCUUGUGUCAGAAUAGCUCCAGCAUUCAACAUGUUAAGCAACAAAUAUCCUCAGGUUGUGUUUCUGGAAGUAGACGUCCACGUCUGUCAGGCCACAGCUGCAGCCAACAACAUCUCGGCGACGCCGACGUUCCUGUUUUUCCGAAACAAAGUGCGCGUGGACCAGUAUCAGGGCGCAGAUGCUUCCGGUCUAGAAGAGAAAAUCAAACAGCAUGUGGAAAAUGAUCCCGGGAGCAACGAGGACUCGGAUGUUCCUAAAGGCUACAUGGACCUGAUGCCGUUUGUGUAUAAAGCCGGCUGUGAAUGUCUGAACGAGAGCGAUGACUGUGGCUUUGAGAACUGCCUGAUCAAGGAUUCAUCUUACCUGGAGUCCGACUGUGAUGAGCAGCUUCUGAUCACAAUGGCCUUCAGUCAGCCUGUGAAGCUCUUCUCCAUGAAACUGCAGUGUGCGGAGUCCACUCAAGCUCCAAAGAGUGUGAAGAUCUUUAUCAAUCUUCCUCGUUCGCUGGGUUUUGAUGACGCAGAGAGAAGUGAAGCAACGCAGGCGCUGGAUCUGUCUGAGGAAGACUACAAAGAAGAUGGACUGAUUCCGCUCAGAUACGUCAAGUUUCAGAACGUCAACAGCGCCACUGUAUUUAUCAAGUCCAACCAAGGGGACGAGGAGACGACAAAAAUCAACUAUUUGACAUUUAUCGGUACCCCUGUCCAAGCGACAAACAUGAGCGACUUCAAACGGGUUGUGGGUAAGAAGGGAGAGAGUCACUGAAGAGGAAAAGACGACACAACAUAUUGCUGCGAUCUCUCCAUGGACAUCUCUCCCGGCCAACAUGACUGGGCAGAGUCCACACACACUGACGGCCGCUGGAAGCAUCCCUCAGCUCACCAUCAGAGGAAGGGGGAGAGAGAGAGAGAGAGAGAGAGAGAGAACACGGCUUUGUCUCAAUAAGGCUCCAUGUAUCUGAAAUCGUUUUUAUCUGAAGUCCUGAAAAUGUUCCUGUAAAUAAAGUCGACCCUUUUUCAAAGGCA